ACGGAUCGAAUUCCGGUGUCGUGCAAACCUACCGUCCAAAGUCCGAUUUUUUUCGUAGGUGGAGGAAAUCGCUCUUUGGCCUUCGUCCCCACAGAGGGAGGAAGCCUGAAGAAGAAUGGCCAGCUCCAGUUCUCAACACACGGUCUGUGGGUCAGUGACAUUUAGGGAUGUGGCUGUUGACUUCUCUCAGGAGGAGUGGGCCUGCCUGGAUGCUACUCAGAAGGUCCUAUACAGGGACACGAUGUUGGAGACCUACCGCCACCUCAUCACAGUGGUGGGGAGUUGCCUUUCCAAGCCACAUCUGAUCACCUUACUAGAGCAGGAGAAAGAGCCCUGGAUGGCUGUGAAGGAAGAAACAGACAGGCCGAGCCCAGAGUUGGAGACAGGUUAUGAUGCUGAAAAUAUAUCUCCAGAAAAUCCUAUUAAUAAUGGAAAGUUUCUCAAACAGAGCAUAAAGCAAUUAAGUAGAACUUUUGACUUCAAGGACUCUAGUUCUAGUAAUGGCCCCAACUAUAGUACAUUCCAUGGACUUCAGGAUUGUCAAGGAGAUGCUGGUCAACAGAUGACUAACAAGGAAGAAAUAACUAUUUAUACCAGCCAGACUCUUGCUCACAAUGUAGAAAGAGCAUAUGAAUGUAAGGAGUGUGGGAAGUGCUUGGGUUGUAGGUCAACUCUCACUCAGCAUCAGACUAUUCAUACUGGAGAGAAACCCUAUGACUGUAAGGAGUGUGGGAAGGCCUUCAGACUCCCCCAACAGCUUACAAGACAUCAGAAGUUUCACAGUGGUGAGAAACCUUUCAAGUGCAAUGAAUGUGGAAAGGCGUUUCAUCUUCCUGACCUGCUCAAGUAUCAUAAAACCAUCCAUACAGGUACAAAACCAUUUGAAUGCAGGGAGUGUGGGAAGGCCUUCAACCGUGUCUCCAACCUUGUUGCACAUAGGAUUAUUCAUGCUGAUGUGAAACCAUAUGAAUGUAAUGAGUGUGGGAAAGCCUUUAAACGUCGCUCAAAUCUUGUGCAACAUCAGAAAAUUCAUUCUGAUGAGAGACCUUUUCAGUGUAAGGACUGUGGGAAAGGCUUCAUUGUUCUGGCACAGCUCACUCGGCACCAGAACAUUCACACUGGAGAGAAAUUGUUUGAAUGUCAUGAAUGUGGGAAGGCCUUCAGACUCCCCCAACAGCUUACAAGACAUCAGAAGUCUCACAGUGGUGAGAAACCUUUCAAGUGCAAUGAAUGUGGAAAGGCGUUUCAUCUUCCUGACCUGCUCAAGUACCAUAAAACCAUCCAUACAGGUACAAAGCCAUUUGAAUGCAGAGAAUGUGGGAAGUCCUUCAACCGUGUCUCCAACCUUGUUGAACAUAGGAUUAUUCAUGCUGAUGUAAAACCAUAUGCCUGUAAUCAGUGUGGGAAAGCCUUUAAACGUCAAAAAAGCCUCAUGCAACAUCAGAAAAUUCAUUCUGGUGAGAGACCCUUUCAGUGCAAGGACUGUGGAAAGGCCUUCAUUGUUCUGAGUCAUCUCACUAGGCACCAAACUAUUCAUACUGGAGAGAAGUCAUUUGAAUGUAACGAAUGUGGCAAGAAAUUCAGAACUGCCACACACCUUGUUAUGCACCAAACUAUUCAUACAGGUGAAAAGCCCUUCGAAUGUAAUGUAUGUGGGAAGGCCUUUAGGCUUCAGGUGUACCUUUCUGAACACCAGAAAACUCACAUUGAAGGAAAACCCUUCAAGUGUAAGCUCUGUGGGUCAGCCUUCAGACGUAAGUACCAACUUAAUGAACAUUACACAAUUCAUACUGAUGAAAAACCUUAUCAAUGUAAACAAUGUGGGAAAUGCUUUCGUCAAAGGUCAAAUUUUACUGAACAUCAGAGUAUUCACACUGGAAACAAACCCUUUGAGUGUAAAGAAUGUGGGAAGUCCUUUAGACUUAACACACUUCUCAUUCGUCAUCAGAAAUCUCACAGUGGUGAGAGACCUUAUGCAUGUAAAGAAUGUGGAAAGGCUUUUCAUCUUCCCAGUGAACUUAAUAACCAUCAAAUUGUUCAUACAAGUAAGAGACCCUUUGAAUGCAAAGUAUGUGGGAAGUCCUUCAAGCGCGAAUCCACCCUCAUUCAACAUGGGGCUGUUCAUGCCGGUGUGAAAUCAUAUGAAUGCAGUGAGUGUGGGAAAGCCUUUAUUCACCGCUCAAGCCUGUUUCACCAUCGAAAAAUUCAUUCUGAUGAGAAACCUUUUAAGUGUCAGGAGUGUGGAAAGGCUUUUGUUGUUCUGGCAUACCUCACUCGACAUCAGAGCAUCCAUAAUGGAGAGAAAUCAUUUGAAUGUCAGCAGUGUGGGUCAACCUUCAAAUAUAAAUCCCAGCUAAAUAAACAUCAGAGAAGUCAUACUGAUGUGAAACUCUUUCACUGCAUGGAAGGUGGAAAUGACUUUGUUCCUGGAGCAAACCUUAGCAUUCAUCAGGGAAUCCAUACUGGUGAGAAUCCCUUUCAAUGUAAUGAAUAUGGGGAAACUUUUAAAUACCAUUACCAAUUCCUUGGACAUUUUAGAAUUCAUAUUGACAAGAAUCCUUAUGAAUGUAAAAAAUGUGGGAAUUACUUUAUACCUGGUAGAGAUGUUAAAAUACAUCAAAGAAUUCACACUGGUGAAAAACUUAGUAUUAGGAAUGUGGAAGACUUUUAGUUGAAUAUGAAACUUGUUUUGAUGUUCUAAAUAUAAUAAGUCUUAAGGAAAAUGGAAAGGCCUACAGUAAUUCUAAGCUAUGUAUAUCAAAGAAUUUCUACUGAUGAGAAAUUCUAGGCAUAUAAGUAAGGUGGCAAAAUGUUUAGAUUUAGUUCAGCCUUCAUGCACAGUGGCAAAUUCAUAUUGGUAAUAAACCCUAUCACUGUAAAGAAUUUGCAAAGAGCUUUAAUUGGAGCUUAGGACUUCUCCAAAAUCAAAAAAGCUAUGCUGUCAAAUGUAAUGAAUGCAAGGUAUGGUGGGACAUUCAUAGAAUUUUCUGUUAAAGCUCAUCAGAGAGUCCAUAUAGGUCUGAAACCCUGUGAAUGUGAAGUGUCAGGAAAAGUCUUUAUUGUAAGUGAUGAGCUUAUACAACAGGAGAAAACACAUCAUCUCCAGGAGGCCCAUGUAUGUAAGGAAGAAGGACAAGCCAGUGUAUGAAAAUGUUACGGGAUACCAGAGAACUCAUAUUGGGAAGACUGUGACAUAAAAGAAUAUGGGAACUUUAAUCUGCCCUGGGAUAUGGUUAACAUCAAAAUAUUCAUGUACUGUUGAUGCCAAGAAACCCUUUGAAAUGAGAAUGUGGAAAGUUGGUUGUUCAGAGAAGAUGCUCUGUUGAAAUAUCUUUUACUGUCAAAAAUACAAUGUAGUAAUCAUGUUCUUGAUUUAUUGUCAUCUUGUUAGUUGUAGAAACUUGAUUCAUUCAUUAGUCACCAAGGGCUGUCAACUUCGGGAGAACAGUUAUUGCAACUAGGUUUGUCUGAGAUGCUUUCCUUGUCACCGUGGCCCCAGUGAUAUUAGACUAGAUAUUUACUCUUUACAUAACUUUUUAAUGGCUAGCACAGUACCAACCAAAGUCAUGGCAACAGAUUUAUAAUAGAUAAUAAAAUCCUUGUCAGUA